UUAACCACAAAAACAAACAAUAAAUGUCUAGUUUUGUCAAAGUUGUGUGUAAAAUUAAUUAAAUAGCAAUAAAAUGUCUUCAAACUUUCCAAAAAUACCAAAUGUUGUUGGCAAAAACAUCGUGAUUGGCGAGGAUUUCGAUGUGAUGAAGAAGAACUCAAUGGAAAAGUAUAGUGAACAUGUUUUCAAGUUUCAACAUGACAGAUACAUCCCAUCAAAACGUGUUAAUUCCGAGUUCCUACAAGAAAGCAAAGAAGAGGAUUUUGAUAUCUCAUUAUCUGAGAAUAAUCUGCGGACGAUGAAAAAAGUUCAGUACCAAAAUACAUUAAAAUUUAUGUUUUAUGAUCAACAGAAAGCAAAUGGGAAUCAAGAAAGCAGUAAUAAGAGAAAUGAUCAAAGGAAUAAAUCAUUAAUUCAUCUCGACUGGGCGUGUAAGCUUACAAAUAUUCGUGAGAAAUUCUUACCUGAUUUUGAAACUCUUGAGAAGAAAUCAUUUCAUCGAAUUCAUAAAUACGUUUGGUCAUCAAAAAACAUAAUAGCAGCCUCUUCGAAUCGAAAAGUUUGUUUAUAUCACCCAACAAAUGGAUAUACGCGUGCUCUUGACAUUCAUGAUAACGUGACAAUUUCAUUUGCCAAUAGUGGUGAUUAUCUAGCGAUGGCUUAUCGAAAAUCAAAGCGUGAAUUCUUCCAGGAUGACAUUUAUUUAUUUCAAAUUGAUCAUGAUGUGUUGUUCAAUAGUGAAAGGCUAAAGACUGAGAAAAUUCGUACGCCAUUUGUGCAUGAUAUAACAGCAUUGUGCUUUACACAAAAUGAUUCAUAUUUAAUGAGUGGAACGAAUGUUGGUAAAAUUUAUGUACUAGAAUGUCUUCAAUUGGCAGCCAAAAGUAAAUCGAAAUUCGGUGAUAGUGCUCAACAGAAUUGGACAUAUGUAACAGUAUUAAGCGAUCGACAUCACCAUGAAAUUGUCAAGAUUUGCUUCUCUGCAUCGUCACGUUAUAUGGCAUCAUUGGAUAUAAGAGGAGAAUUUAAAAUAUGGAACGGUGGAUCAUGGACAUACAUUUUCAGUUAUCAACACGAAGAUUCACGUUUAUAUAAGCACCUUGAAUGGCAUCCAUACGUUGAAAAUGAAUUAAUAAUUGGCAGAGUGUAUUUACCAGCAAUUUAUUUAUUUAAUGUUACGGAGAGAAAAGUCGUUGCAAGCUAUACCAAAACGAAGAAUAAUUGGUGGCUUACCAGCAUUGCUUUCAAUCCAGUUACAGCACAACUUGCUGUUUGCUUUUAUAAUGGAGAUGAAUACAUCAAUCGAGUAUGCUUGUUAGCAUCGAUGAGCCAGGUUAUAAGUUCAUUUGAUUUCGAUUACAUUGAAGGAGGUAUGAAGCUCUUUUGGAACUCUAAUGGGCUGAUGUUGGGAGCUGGCGCAGAAUCGUUCAGGUUUGCAUUUUGGAGCUUUUAUAAAAAUCAUGAUUUUCAUGUACAAAUGGCUAAAGCGAGUAAUACGAAAAAUUCAGAGAAAUUUCUUACACUCAGUGACUCGAAGCUGCUUACUAUUCGAUAAAAAGCUUUGCUGCUGGAAAAAAGUUUAAUUAUAUUUAUAUUUGUUAAAAUUGUUAAGUGUUAAAAGUUAAGGAUAUUUUUUUGUGUUAUUUUUAAAAGCUAUAAAUCGAUACAAAAUUUGGUUCAACCAAAAUUGCUCAAUAAUCGAGUGGAAAAAAUGGAACGAUAA